AUGGUUCUACCUAAGUUUGAUGGUGUAUGUGUACUGAAAGAACCUGUUGAUAAAUGGAGAAAUGUAAACGGCCACAAUCUCCUUCAAUUGAUGUACCAGGACCCUAAGAGGUAUGCUAUGCCUUUCCAGUCCAAUGUCCAGCUGACAAUGCUAGAACUGCAUAAUAAGAAAACCAGUAAAUCCAUCAAACUUAUGGAAAGAUCUAUAUUCUCGGCCAGAUAUUGUUUUGUGGAGAACCUUUACAGAUCGGAGGUCAUUGAAGCCUCAGAGUUCGAGGUUCUCUCCCAGUGGUUCGAGUAUGUCGUGAACUCCUCUGACAUCGACCUCGAAGUUGACCUCGUCGUUUAUCUUCGAACAGAACCAGAGAAGGCUUUAGAUAGAAUAAAAGCUAGAGGUCGUGGGGAGGAGAACAGUAUUCCACUCCAAUAUCUUCAGGAGUUGCAUCGGCUCCAUGAUGAAUGGUUGCUUGAGUCUAAGUUCAAAGUACCUGCUCCUGUUGUAGUUAUCAAUGCUAACCAGGAUAAGGAGUUAAUGCUGGCAGAGUACAAUAAACUGGAAUCUAUAAUAUUUAACAAGAGCAGAGAGAAAGCGUUAGUUCUGAAGAACAAUGCGAAAAUUAUCCUUAACGAGAUUAACGAGAACCAGGUCAAGGAGAAUAUCAAGGAAAAAGGGAAGGAGAACCAAAUCAAGGAGAAAAUCAAGAAAAAUGGGAAGGAGAAUUAAGGGCAGGAGAUCAAG